UGCAAAACAACCCCCACCCCUCCUCUACGGGAAAUGGGUCUCAGGCUGAUGAGUAAGGCAAGAAGCUCCUGUAGCGCUGGUGCAUCUGAAGCUACGCAGCUAUGGAGGAAAGGGCCCAGUGUCAAAUGAGGGGAGACUGCAAUUGGCCCCUGCAACCUGUGGUCUGUUUGUGUCUCCAGUGGAUCAAAUACACCUUCUUCCCUUAAUAUCUCUGCAUUAUAUAAGAAUACACACAUUUAUAUGCACAACGCCUGAGCUUCAUCUCUCUAAGGUUUGUGCUUUCUGCAUCCUUGUAUUGUGGGUGCAGUUACAUCUUCCAACCGCAUGGAGGCGCAGCAGGCUUCUCCUGACAGCAGCAGUGAGGAAUGUACUGUACUAGAGGCUCUGCCUGGCAAGGGAACAGCGCUAAUUUGCUCUCAACACAAAGGAAAAGUGUCUGUGUUGUACUGUUUGGCCUGUGAGAAUUCAGUAUGUGAGGACUGUAUGAAUGGAGAACAUGCUGAGCACCCCACCGAUUCACUGGAAAAUAUUGUGGACCAACAGCUAGCGGCAUUACAGGACAGAGUGGAUUCAGCCAAGAACAGGCUUCCUCAGAUAAGACGGGCAGUCCAGAGUUUGAGAGACAUUCUGCAGCAGUUGAACUCUCAGCGGAGCUCCAUAGAGGAAGACAUCCACUCCUCCUUCAGCGAGCUGCACAAAACCCUCGAUACACGCAAGAGCGUCCUGCUCAUGGAGCUGGAAGUCACUUAUGGACUGAAGCAGAAGGUUUUGCAGGCUCAGUUGGACACUCUUCUGCAGGAGGAAGCUGCCAUCAACUAUAACUGCAGUCUGACCGGUGAAGCCCUGGACGGGGAAAACAAGGCUGUCAUACUGCAGACCCAUAAAGACGUAGGAGAGAGACUCGGUGACCUGGCCAGCCAGGGCCUUCCUCUUCAGCCUGAGGAGAACGACCAGCUGGAUCUCAUGAUGGAGAUCGAAGGACUUCGCAAGUCCAUCCACAACCUGGGGACUAUCGUCACCACCAGUGCCGUGGCCAGUCAGACCGAGGCGUCGGGGGAGGGUCUGGAACAGUGCGUCGUGGGCCAGCCGGCAACUGUCGUCAUAACCACAAGAGACAAGUCUGGAGGACUGUGUAAGACGGGUAACGCCAUCAUCUCAGCUGAAGUCUGCACGCCGGAUGGCAGCGUUGCAGACGGCGAAAUUGUGGACCAUAAAAAUGGAACGUAUGAAUUCCAAUACACGGUGAAGAAAGAGGGACAUUUUAGUCUAGCGCUUAGACUUUAUGAUCAGCAUAUUAAAGGAAGCCCCUUCCAGAUAAAGGUCACCAGCUCUCCGGAUGAUUCUCCACCCACCACCACCGCAGCCAAUGCUGCAUCCACGGGUUCCAGCGAUGGUGGGGCGCGGAAACGGAGCGCAAAGUCCCCGGGGAGCAGAAGCCGGCAGAAGGGCGUCAGACGGGGAGGAAGCUUGUUCAGCACCCCAAAAAAGAGAGUGAACCCGAUCGAGGAUGACCUCAUUUUUAGAAUAGCGUGUUCCAGUGUCGGUGAGUCCGUGCGGCGCUCGUGUGUGGGCUGCUUGGUCACGGGCUGGUUUCUGGAAUGUAAAGGAGACAACACGUUAGACUUCAGCUGCUGGGAGAGCAUCUCUUCUCCCUUUCCUCGGGCCUCACGCGGCUUAUCUGGCCGUGGGCUGAUGACUCUCAGCUGUGACCAAUCAGCCCGUGAUGAGCGUGUGCAGGUGUUCCUCGUCCGUUUCCAGGGCAACGCUGAUGUGAGCGAUAUAUUUUCCAAUACGGGAGAGUUUCAGAGCCGGUUCGGAGUGCGUGGCCGUUUACCGGGGCAGCUGCAGCGGCCCACUGGAGUAGCUGUGCAUCCAAACGGGGACAUCAUCAUUGCUGACUAUGACAAUAAGUGGGUUAGCAUCUUCUCCAGUGAGGGCAAAUACAAGGCUAAGCUGGGCUCAGGAAGGCUGAUGGGUCCAAAAGGUGUAUCUGUGGAUCAGAACGGCCAUGUUAUCGUUGUGGACAACAAGGCCUGUACAGUUUUCAUCUUCCAGCCCAGCGGGAAACUCGUCACUAAGUUUGGCAGCAGAGGAAACGGUGACAGACAGUUUGCAGGCCCACACUUUGCAGCAGUCAACAACAACAAUGAAAUAAUCAUCACAGACUUUCAUAACCACUCUGUUAAGGUAUUUAAUGCAGAUGGAGAAUUCUUGCUGAAAUUUGGCUCAAAUGGCGAAGGGAACGGGCAGUUCAAUGCUCCCACAGGGGUUGCUGUGGAUGUCAAUGGGAACAUUAUUGUGGCAGACUGGGGAAACAGUCGGAUACAGGUGUUUGAUGGAAGUGGAUCGUUCCUGUCCUACAUCAAUACGGCGGCAGACCCUCUCUACGGGCCGCAGGGUCUCGCUCUGACCUCAGAUGGCCAUGUUGUGGUGGCUGAUUCUGGGAACCACUGCUUUAAAGUGUACCGCUACCUGCAAUGAUAUCAGACAGGCUCUGAUCUAAGACGGAAAGAGAAUCAAAGUCAUACUGUAUGUGUCCAAAUCUUGCACUUAAUGUAAUGUAAUGGUAUUCUUCCUCCUUGGUUUUCACAUCUUUUUGUAUUUGUUACUAUUGUCGGAUGACCUUCUAAGAAGACUACAGCUUAUAAAUACUGUUUAUGGGAUGCCUUGGAAUGCCUUUGCCAAACCUCCACACUCUACACU